ACUUUCCAGCGGCAUCAUUUGGGAGACGGUCGGUGGAGAAGCAGCGGAGGCUGCGCGUCAUUUCAACCUUUAAUGCCGGUUAAAAUAAGACAUUGUUUCAUUUCCAGCUGAACACAGUCCCCGCCAAGGUGCUCCAUGAAACGCUGCCUUGUCAAGUCCCCCUUCUAUGCCCGCUCCUCUUAAGGAAACACAAUACUGUAGGAUUUUAUGUUGUUUUAGUCGCAGAGAUAGCUGUCAUCUGAAGGGAUCCAUUUUAGUUUUUUCCUUCUCUUUAUCAGACAGUUUUUGGCCGCCUUUUAAACAAACUCUUCCGGUUAUAGAGAUUCAUUUUUGCUUGAGGAGACCCGACUGACAACGCCAAAAUGGGGUAUGGACGGUCGGACAGCUACCGCGUGGCCACCACGCAGGACAAGGAUGAGAAGGAGUCGCCCAAGAAGGGGAAGGGAGGCAAGGAUCUGGAUGACCUGAAGAAGGAAGUGCCCAUAAUGGAACACAAAAUGUCAGUGGAGGAGGUUUGCCGGAAAUACAACACUGAUAUUGUUCAGGGUUUGACCAAUGCCAGGGCAGCAGAGUACCUGGCCAGGGAUGGCCCCAACGCCUUGACUCCACCCCCCACCACCCCAGAGUGGGUCAAGUUCUGUCGCCAGCUGUUCGGUGGCUUCUCCAUCCUGCUGUGGAUCGGCGCCAUCCUCUGCUUUCUGGCCUACGCCAUCCAGGCAGCCACAGAGGAUGAGCCCGCUGGGGAUAACUUGUAUUUAGGUAUCGUGCUGUCAGCUGUCGUCAUCAUCACCGGCUGCUUCUCCUACUUCCAGGAAGCAAAGAGCUCCAAGAUCAUGGAGUCCUUUAAGAACAUGGUCCCUCAGCAAGCCUUGGUGAUCCGUGAGGGAGAGAAGAUGCAGAUCAAUGCCGAGCAGGUGGUGGCAGGAGACCUGGUGGAAGUGAAGGGAGGAGACAGGAUCCCCGCUGACCUCCGCAUCAUCUCCUCCCACGGCUGCAAGGUGGACAACUCGUCCCUCACUGGUGAAUCAGAGCCUCAGACCAGGUCACCUGACUGUACCCAUGACAACCCCCUGGAAACCCGUAACAUUGCCUUUUUCUCCACCAACUGUGUCGAGGGAACUGCUCGUGGUAUUGUUGUGUGCACCGGUGAUCGUACAGUGAUGGGCCGCAUCGCCACCCUCACCUCAGGACUGGAGACCGGCAAGACGCCCAUCGCCAAGGAGAUCGAGCACUUCAUCCACAUCAUCACAGGCGUGGCCGUCUUCCUGGGCGUGACCUUCUUCGUCCUGUCAAUCAUCCUGGGUUACAGCUGGCUGGAGGCUGUCAUCUUCCUCAUUGGAAUCAUCGUGGCUAAUGUACCUGAGGGACUGCUGGCCACAGUCACUGUGUGUCUGACGCUGACUGCUAAACGAAUGGCCCGCAAAAACUGCCUGGUGAAGAACUUGGAGGCCGUUGAAACUCUGGGCUCCACCUCCACCAUCUGCUCCGAUAAGACGGGGACGCUGACCCAGAACAGGAUGACCGUGGCCCACAUGUGGUUCGACAACCAGAUCCACGAGGCCGACACCACUGAGGAUCAAUCUGGCUCUUCAUUCGACAAGAGCUCCACAACAUGGGUGUCUCUGGCUCGCAUCGCUGCCCUGUGCAACCGCGCCGUCUUCAAGGCCGGCCAGGAGGCACUGCCCAUCCUGAAGCGUGAGGUGGCCGGAGACGCCUCAGAGUCCGCCCUGCUCAAGUGCAUCGAGCUGUCAUGUGGCGCCGUCAAGAUCAUGAGGGACAAGAACAAGAAGGUGGCCGAGAUCCCCUUCAACUCCACCAACAAGUAUCAGCUCUCGAUUCACGAAACAGAGGACAAAACCACAAGCCCUUACCUGCUGGUGAUGAAGGGAGCUCCAGAGAGGAUCCUUGACCGCUGCUCCACCAUCAUGAUGCAGGGCAAGGAGCAGCCCAUGGACGAUGAGCUGAAGGAGGCUUUCCAAAACGCCUAUUUGGAACUGGGAGGACUGGGAGAGAGAGUACUGGGUUUCUGUCACGUGUUCAUGCCAGAGGACAAGUACCCCAAAGGCUUCGCCUUCGACACAGAUGACGUCAACUUCCAGACAGACAACCUUUGCUUCGUCGGCCUCAUGUCCAUGAUUGACCCGCCCCGCGCCGCCGUGCCUGACGCCGUGGGCAAAUGCCGCUCUGCUGGCAUCAAGGUCAUUAUGGUGACUGGUGAUCACCCAAUCACAGCCAAGGCCAUUGCUAAGGGUGUGGGCAUCAUCUCCGAGGGCAACGAGACAGUGGAAGACAUUGCUGCACGCCUCAACAUCCCCGUCAGCCAGGUCAACCCCAGGGAUGCCAAGGCUUGUGUGAUCCACGGCACAGAUCUGAAAGAACUUUCCCAGGACCAGAUGGACGAUAUUUUGAAGAAUCACACAGAGAUUGUCUUUGCCAGAACCUCGCCUCAGCAGAAACUCAUCAUUGUGGAAGGCUGCCAGAGACAGGGUGCCAUCGUGGCUGUGACAGGUGAUGGUGUGAACGACUCCCCCGCCCUGAAGAAGGCUGACAUCGGCGUUGCCAUGGGAAUAUCCGGCUCAGACGUGUCCAAACAAGCCGCCGACAUGAUCCUGUUGGACGACAACUUUGCCUCCAUCGUCACAGGAGUAGAAGAAGGUCGUCUCAUCUUUGACAACCUGAAGAAGUCCAUCGCCUACACGCUGACCAGCAACAUCCCUGAGAUCACCCCCUUCCUGUUCUUCAUCUUGGUCAACAUCCCGCUGCCCCUGGGCACCAUCACCAUCCUCUGCAUUGACCUGGGAACUGACAUGGUACCAGCCAUCUCUCUGGCCUACGAAGCAGCAGAGAGCGACAUCAUGAAGCGUCAGCCCAGGAACCCACUGAGAGACAAACUGGUCAAUGAGAGACUCAUCAGCAUCGCCUACGGACAGAUUGGAAUGAUCCAGGCACUGGGUGGUUUCUUCGCCUACUUCGUCAUCAUGGCCGAAAAUGGAUUUCUGCCGUCGACACUCGUCGGCAUCCGGCUCAACUGGGACGAUCGUUCCAACAACGACCUGGAGGACAGUUACGGGCAGCAGUGGACCUACGAGCAGCGCAAGAUCGUGGAGUUCACUUGCCACACGGCUUUCUUCGUCAGUAUCGUGGUGGUGCAGUGGGCAGAUGUCAUCAUCUGCAAGACCAGACGUAACUCUGUGUUCCAGCAGGGCAUGAAGAAUAAGAUUUUGAUCUUUGGCCUGUUUGAGGAAACAGCUCUGGCUGCUUUCCUGUCCUACUGCCCUGGCAUGGACGUGGCACUACGGAUGUACCCACUCAAGCCCAGCUGGUGGUUCUGUGCGUUCCCGUACAGUUUCCUCAUCUUUGUUUACGAUGAGAUCCGAAAACUCAUCCUUCGCCGAAACCCUGGAGGAUGGGUGGAAAAAGAGACUUACUAUUAAAUUAUCAAAGCAUCAUUUACUUCUCACUCCGUCAUCCCUGUCCCCUGAACUCAUCCCUCCUUCUCUAACCCCUAUCUCUCUGUCCUUCCUUCCUUCCUUCCUUCCUACCCACCCUCCAUCCAUCCUCACACUGUACAUGAAACUAUGUUUACUCCUCCAUCUUCCAUCAUGUCCUAAAGAAAUAUACAAAAAAAAAGCAAACACCAAGAUGAUGAGAGGACCAACGACAGAGGAAGAGAGGAUGGGGGAGGAGCGGCGUUGUGAAUCUUCCCUCUCUUCUUUCUCUCUCUCUCUCUCUCCCUCUGUCCCGUUUUUAUUAUUAUUUUCUAUCCAAAAUCACCACAGCGUUAUUCUGCCACUUAGACUGUUUGCUUAUUAUUAUGUACUACAACGAUUAAAGAUUACAACGUCAAAAAAGUUCCGACUGUUCCACUGCGAUCUCGCCAAAGCAGGACGACAACACGGCAGCUUGUCUCCACUCUCUAUUGCCACGUUUUGGCAGGCGAGUGGCGUCUCCUCUCCCUCCUUUUAUUUUUCCUGUCCUUUUCCCUGCCAGAGAAACGUCCAGCUCUUUAAUCACUGCCAUCUCCUCCUCUUUUACUUCUCUCUCCCUCUAUUUCUACUUAACUCACUGCCAGUCUUCUUCUACUGCCAUCCUCCCUCCUCCCUCUUCCUCGUCUGUCAAUAAAGAAUCUAUCUCUCCAUAAAA